AUGGUGGACCUGGCUGACAUCGCACCCAUCUUCUCUAGCUAUUCAGCCUCUGCUUCGGGCGAGCUAGAUGGCAGGAGCUUCACCAAACUCUGCAAGGACUGCAGCUUGUUUGAUCGGAGUUUCAGUUCGACCGAUGCAGACCUCAUCUUCGCAAAGGUCGUGCCAAAGGGUCAGCGACGAAUCACCAUUGCCGAGUUUGAGAAGGCGCUCAGUCUCAUCGCUGAUCGGCGCGGAUGCAGCCAGGACGAUGUCAUGCAGAGAGUCGCAGAUGGGGCAGGCCCUGCCUUGGAAGGGACCAAGGCGGAGGCAGUGCGAUUUCAUGAUGACAAGACAACCUACACGGGCACUCAUGCCCGUGGUGGACCUGAGUCUGUGCCCAAGGGCUAUGGCCACGUGCCCCAGACAGCCAUGAAGCCGCGGCGGUCGCUUUCCCGGACGUCCAGUGGAGCAUGUGCUUUGCCCAAUCUCCUGAAUGCCAGCACGGGAAGCAGCUCGGGCACUGUCGGCACAGUGGAGCGCAAGCUCAGCCGAACAGGAUCCAAUGGGUGGAUUCGCCCAAUCACUCCACUCGAGAAAGCUGCAACAAUCAGUCGCAGAGAGGGCUGCGGCCUCCUCGAGAAUGUCUUCGAAGCAUAUUGCAGCCCUGGUCAAACAGAGAUGGAUGGCAAGGGCUUCACCAAGCUGAUGAAGGAUAGCAAGAUCGUGGGCUCAAGGUUCACUACAACGGAUGCUGACUUGACAUUCGCCAAAGUCGUGUCGAAAGGCCUUCGGAGGAUUGAUUUCCUGCAGUUCAAGGCAGCGCUACUGAUCGUGGCGGAGAGGAAGAACAUUGAAGCUGGAGACGUUUUUGAAGCUGUGGCCAGGCAGUUUGCAGGCCCUCAGCUGUGCGGCACGCGAACCGAGUCAGUGCGCUUCCACGAUGACAUCAGCACCUACACAGGAGUCCACGCCAAUGGGGGCCCUGAUGCUGUAGCCAAAGGCACCGGCAGCGCGCAGUUGGCCUCCUUUCGUAUGUGA